AUGAAUAACAGUUUUGUGAUUGAAGUUUUUGCCCGUGUUUUAUUCAGCUUCACACGCGGUGUGACAGAGCACUACGACCCUGAUGAGCCUGAAGUGGAGAUCUUUGGAUACAACGAUAGCUUAAGCAGUGAGGGUCGAGAGUGGAAUUGUCAGCCCGUUGAUAAACCUAUUUAUCAGGAAUAUUCACCGCCAUCGGACGACGAUUAUGAUCUCUUGUCAGUCGGUAAUUCUCGACUUAGAUAUCGGGUCAUUGACGCGAGCUCACCGGACGAAGAUGGAGACGAACAGCAAGAUGUAGAUAACGAAAUGGCAUGGAAGCGAUUCAGACCGUCCGUUCUUUGCACAAUUUGUCAAUCUAUGUACAUCGGCGCAUUAAUUUCACUUUUAACUCCAGCCAUCUUAGGCCUUUUUUACGUCAUGAUCUGUUACGUCUCUUAUGAAACAGUACUCAACUGCCAAUUUGACCCGAAUGAGAGAAUCCCAGUUAAAAUACAGUGGAUCAGAACAUUGUCUGGCGUGAUAAGUAUAGCCUUUCUAUACAUGUGGUUCUUUGUAGGAAUGCUUUUUCUUUUUCGACCGUAUCAGUUAAAUGGCGUGAAAAGAAAACUCAUUCUUGUUGCUUUUGUCUUUUUUUGUGUGGAUACAGUGUAUCGUGUUGUCUUUCAAGUCUUUGGAAUAUCUAAUUCCCAGUUUUCUGUGAUUCGGAAGAUUCCUCUCAACAUUAUAUUCCUAAUUAGCGUAUGUUGCCAAGUUUACCUUCUAGCAAAUCACUUUCGGAACCUGUCGAGUAGGACGAGUUUAUUUAUAAAAUUAACGACACCCUACUGCUUCACUUUCUUUAUUGGCAUCUUUGCAGAAUCGUUUAUUUAUCCAAUGUACAACAAGCAAACUGAACAUGGAAAACUC